AUGCCUUCGAAGGUAAAGGGUGGACAUGUAUAUCAUGCUAUGCAGGAGCCUGAAAUGGCUGAGGGUAGUCAGUGGGAAACUCAGGAUGUGGAUGAUCCCGAUGUGACUCAGACAUUUAUCUUGGAGUCACAGCUUUUUGAGGAGCAGGAAGAUGAGGAUUCAAAUAGCAAGCAUGAUGAACCUGAGGCAGUGAAGACUCCAGAGCGGAAGGACAAGUGCAAGUAUUCGGUGAUCAUUUCUCCAUUUUCAGCAUCAACAUCUCAGGCUCCUCCUGCAUCAAAGCGCAAUCGAUUAACUGGCUCAACUGCAUUUCAUGGGAUAUGUGAAGAGCUGUCACUGUUCAAUGACAGUUUUUGGUAUGGUUUACAGCAGUUGCAGCCCACCACAGAGGGAUCUCCCAUUUGCAAGACUCGUGUCAUUGAGCGAGCACAGGAGUUGGAGACUGAUUUGGAUGAUGAUGAAUUGGUGGAUCUUCUGAUGAUAUUUGAAAAGGAUCAUGCUGCUGCUGAUGCUUAUAUGGUCAUAAAAUCUGACACUCUUCAGAAAUGUUGGGUUGAGAAGAAACUUGAAAGGGAUUAA